AUGGUCUGGCUGCCUUGCAUUGAUCAAGAUCCAGAUGAUCAAAGUGGUGGAGAUCGUAAUAAGAGACUCUUGCAAUUGGAAGCACAAUGGAUUUUCAAGCUCAAUACAACUGAGAAAAGUCAAGUACUGACCACUUACAUAUGGUAUAAUCAGUCCUGGGUGGAUGAGUUUCUAACGUGGGAUCCAUCAGACUUUGAUAAUGUGACUGUAAUUUCAAUUCCCACACGUCGCGUGUGGGAGCCGGACAUAAUGAUCAUUGAAUUUGUGGAUGCUGGUAAGUCCCCAGAGGUUGCUUAUGUCUAUGUUAAUAAUAAGGGCAGAAUAUUCAACAACAAACCAAUGAAAAUAGUAACUUCCUGUAACCUUGACGUUUACUACUUUCCAUUUGAUCAUCAGAACUGCUCCAUCUCUUUCGCAAGCUGGACUCACAAAAUUCAGGAUAUUAGCAUAUCAUUUUGGAGAAAUGCAGAUGACACAAAUAAUUUCCAGACUGUAAACAAGAAUGAAGGAGAGUGGAAGCUCAUCAGUGUAAUUCCCAACUACAGCGUAUUCAACGAUAGUGACAGCAGCUAUGGAGAGUUAAAGUACUUUAUAAUAAUCCGAAGACGGCCUGUCUUUUACGUUGUGACUCUUGUUCUGCCCAGUAUGUUUCUGAUGGCCAUGGAUCUCGUUGGAUUUUACCUUCCCCCAGAAUGUGGGGAGAGAGUAUCUUUAAAGAUUACCCUCCUUCUAGGCUAUUCUGUCUUCCUCAUCAUGGUAUCAGAUCACGCGCCGGCAACUGGAACCCCGCUAAUAAGUGUGUAUUUCAUUUUGUGUUUGGUACUGCUCGUAAUCAAUUUGAUGGAGAGCAUUUUAAUAGUUCAUAUAGUCCAUCAGAAAAAUCUUCAUCCAGAGGUUCCACAGUGGCUGAAGACCUUGGUUCUGGAGAAGAUGGCCGCCUGGUUUUGCAUGAAGGGAAGAGUUCACUUUGGAAAAUCAUGCAACAAUAUAUCUGAGAAUAUGGAGAGCAGUUGUACCAUGAUGAGUUACAGUAAUGAAAAUGGAAAGAAUUACAACAGCCAACUAGCAGUAACAAAGGACUCUGAAGUACUGCUUUGUAUCCUAAAAGAGGUUGAAUCCAUCCAAGAGCGUCUGAAGGAAAACGAUGAGCAUCGUAUUACCAAGGAGUGGCUUCAGAUUAUUGGACCUCCUCAAGGGAGCUAUAGCUUGAUCCGUGUUAGAAAAGAGGACAAAUGGAAGAACUCUUUAAAGCCAUUAUGA